GGAAAAACAGGCCUCAAAAUGGUGCUCAAAACACUCAAAAGGUUUCAAGUGUUUUGAGGUUGAUUAAUCAAAACAGCAGCUUUGGCCGCUGUUUCAAUGAAUUGAUUUGAGGAUUUUGCAAUUCGUUUUGAAACAAAUAGCAAAAUCCACUUAGUGCACAUCCCUAUUCAGUAUCUUCGCCAAACUACCAUUUCCAGUAUUCUUUGGAGUGAAACCAUGACAGUGAAAGUAGUAUAAAGCUGAUAUAAUUUUGCCGGACAGAUGUGUCCUAUUAAGUACUCUGUUCAUCAGUUGUAAUCUGUUCUCAUAAGACACAGACAGUGCCCAGCCUCAGCUGCAAUCCAUAACCAAGCCAUAAACAAACUUUUAAAGAACUAUUUUAUGGCAAGAAGGAGGUACAAUUUGUUUGUGCUGAGUGCACGGCCUGGCCAAAGUCUGCAAAAAGAAUUUUUAGAGGCGAGUUGUUUUUUUAACCACAAAAAUGUUCCUGAACCAGCAUUUGUUCAAAAUACGUUUUGAAUCCCUUAGAGUUCUCUCCAGAAUAUAAAGAUCUGCAGUCUCAUUAUGAAAUGAUUCAUUUUUUGAACCUGAACCAGGUAUCAGUUACAGCUGAGCACGGGAUGUUUCUAUAACGAGAAGUAAACAUUUAAUUUUAAUGUUCAAAAAUCUCCCAUGAGUUGCAGAUGUACCGAGUUAGUACCUAAGAAAAGGGCUCUUGCAUGCACAGCCAGAAAUCAGAUACAAAUGUCAGCUCAUUAGCAAACAUAAGCCAUAAACUGUGGCCUUCAGAAAUGUUGUACAAUCUAAGCGAUAGCCAGGCAUACUCUCAGCCAGUGCCCAAGAGCCGUAUUUGUUCAUAAAUGGGAACAGUGAAGUAUACAAGCACCGAUUUCUUGUAUUUAACUCCUUUGUGCGAUUAGUGCCUCCUUUCAGGCCUGUUCCCUUUGCACUCACACUGCCCUAAGCUUUGGUGCUAUCCUUGAUCAAUGACCUUGGUUGUAAGCCUCGGGGGCUAGUGGUGACCCCUAUCAACCCUAAGUGUGGCUCCUUGUCUAAUUGUAUAUGGGGCCUGUGUGAAGCUUUGGCCAAAGCGGAAUACUUUGCAUAGUCCCCCAGUACUGGGCAAAGACUACAAUUUCCACCAUGCACUGGUGUGCUUAGUGCUGGAGGGUUCCUUUAAGGGAAAGGGAGCCCUCUGGAGCCUCUGCCUCACCUGGGAAGGUGUGCACACAGAGUGCUGGGAAGUGUCCCCUUUCCUCUUAAGAGAGGGCUCUGUCUCUCUUAAAGUCUUCUUGGACUGAGAAAAAUGCAGUCCUGAGUUAAGGUCAGCACAGUGUGGAAGGGCUCUCACAUUAAAGUUAUUUUGCCAAUGUGGCUCCCAUUUGAAAAAUAGUGGACAUCACUGCCCUAGACAGUGGGGAGAGAGGAUCAUGGCGCCUGGAGACUGGUGUCUUUGGCAGGAAGGCCCCAGGAGCUUAAAGGUCACCUUGCUGGAUCAAACCAAGGUCCAUCCAGUCCAGCAUCCUGUUCUCUGAAGUGGCCAGCCAGAUGCUUCUGGUUGCCCACAACAAACCAGGGCAUGAAGACAAGGAGCCAAAUCCCAGCAGUUUGUUCCCAGCAUCUACUAUCCAUCUUUGUACACGGAGGCUCCAUUUAACUAUCUUAGCAAAGAGCCCUUGCUAGAUCUGUCCACCAUGAAUUUGGAGCAGCUGGAAAUCUGGAUUGGGGAAGGCUAAGAUUGUGUGUGUCCUUCAAGCCAGGUGACUUCCUUGCAUUCACGAACCAAUCAAUUGCAGUCAGGUUUCCUGGGACUCAACACUCCAACUCUGCCGUAAACCUUCAGGUCAGUCAGGUCCAUGACAGAGAGACAGGCUUCUCCAGUUACUAGCUUACAUCUCAUGAAUACUCUUACUGAAGUUUCUAAUCAUACUGAAGUUAAUGGGACACAUUUCCUUGUCUCAUUAAUUUCAAUGGGAGCACUCGGUGCUAAACUAGUGUAUUAGAAAUGGUUCCUUGCUUGGGGAAAAUUACCUUGAUUUUGAUGUGAUUUUCACUCACCACAAGCAAUCAGGAGAGCAUUUUUUUCUGGGGAAGUUUGGUUUAGAUUGGUAUCCAAUGUCAUGGGAAAAGAUGAAAUGUGAUGAAUUCAGUUGUCACAUUGAAAUAACACCAUAGCUUUAAAAACUGGGGUGUGGGUGUGUGUUAGAAUUUUAAGACAAAUAUGAUAUUUAGGCUUUUAAAAACUGUUUUCAGAGAAAGGUUUCCCAGAAAUGUGUACAGUCAGAGAGAGAGAGAGAGAGAGGAAGAGGAGGAAAGAAAGGAAGGAAGGAGAAAGUCAGGGAGAUUGAUGACUGGUUAACUUCCUUCUGAUGUCACAAUUCAUCACAUUCUCAAACAAUAAACCCACCCCGACAACUUCAGGAGAGAAAAGGAGACAGAAAAGGCGCCAUCGUUGCCCUCAUAAUCCCACAAGGAUUUAUGACCAUGGAGGUGAUUUGUGCCUUAUGACGGAAUAUGUAGACAAAUAUCCUCAGUAUAACCAUGUCCCUCCUCCCCAGAGUCUCAAACCCAAGCAGGAGUACCAAACAUAUGGGGGGAAAAUGGAAGGCAUCACAACAUUCAAGUCUGACUACGUUCCCUAUGAAGUGGCACAUCAGCCUAUUCGGGUGCAAGAGGAAUACAAACCGAUGGCCGGAGAGAUUGACUUGGGAACCACUUACAGAAGGGAUUAUAAUGCCCACAAAAUACAGCCAGUGACAUUAGUAAGACCUUUAGAAAGGAAGUAUAGUAGAGGAGGAAAACUAAAUACUAUACCCACUUACCAAGAUGACUAUAGGGCCUGGGAAAUUCAGAGGAGGGAGGCCCAUAAAGUGGAGAACGCCUACCAUCCUCCCACUGAAAAGUUUGGAAAUACGACUACAUUCCAAGAUGCCUUUUUGCCUAGGGAACUCUCCCCACGCAAAAGCUUUAAGCCCAUGGUUGCGACCAAACUUUCAGACCAACCGUUUCACAGUGUCACAAGCCAUCGCAGCGAUUAUGUGCCUCACCAGCUAGAACCAAAAUGGGUAAGGUCUCAAGAAGAGUACAGGCCAAAUAGCCAGCCCUUUGAAGACGUCACAACCCACCGGCGUGAUUUUAGAGGGCUUCUUGGUGAAGUUCCCAAAAGCUUCAAACCUGAAUGCACUAAAGUGGACUCAAAGGCACAGUUUUAUGGAAGUACGGAAUUCCGUGAUAGUUUUCAGCCAUGGGCAAUUUCCUUACCUGAAGUCCACAAAGCAAAAGAAUACAUUCCGCCCACUGGCAACAUGGAUUUGAGCUCCACAACCCACCGUGAUUACGUUCCACAUGCUGUCAGUCCUAUUGUCCUCAUGAGGCCCAUAGAGAAGAGCAGAAGAAAUGAUGCCCCCUUCCAAGGCCACACAACUAUGAGAGAAGCCUUUCAAGCCUGGGAUGUCCAUCGCCCCGAAAUCAUCAAGAGAUCCUCAGACAUGCCAAAGCCCUCUGGGAGAUUUGAGGAUAUGACCACCUUUAGAGCUCACUAUAUACCACACAAUAUAGUUCCAACUCAGAGCUGCAAACCUUUAAAAAGGGCUCUGUCUAGAUCAGCACCUUUUGAAGAUGGAACCAUGUACCGUACAGAAUAUACGCCAAAGAAACAAGAGAUCUGCCCAGCAACCUAUCCAUCUCCUCCGGGAUUUGUUUAUGUCAGUACCGAUUCCCGUGGUCACAAGUUCUUCCGCAGGGUUACUCCAGAGAUCAAUAAGGUUGCCCAUGCAAAUGGUAAUCACAUUCCAAAGGAAAUAGCAGUUGUAUCAUAAAUUGUAAUUCUGGUAGUUUGCACACAGGCACACUCAAAAUCACUAUGCAGUGAGCAAAGUAUUGCAUUAAGAAUCUAAAAUAAGCACACUGAUUAUAAGCUUUUUUGUUUUGUUUUUGUAAUCUGAGAACCACUGAGUGUUUACAAGAUGGGUGAUGAAAAUUUAACUUAGUAAAACACGUGUCAAUAUUUUUGUGGAAUCUCUUUUCUUCAACUGUAUCUUAAGACAUGUGUUCAUUUUAACAAGAUGGUGUCUUUUUUUAGAAAUCAUUUGAAAAUUCAUUUUAAUAUAUGCACUGGUGAAUUGUGUGACUUGAAUGUAACUUACAUACCUACAGGAAACAAAGUUCUUCCAGUCCUUGUCCUCAGAAAAUGUGCAGGAGAAGGCCAUAGCGAACAGUCAGGCUUCCUCUGUACAAGCGCCCAAAAUAAAUCCUUGGCACCCCUAAGUUAAGGGAUCUCAUGUGUCAAGGGUGGGGCAGGCCUUUAUUUAAGACAUGGGAGCCACAACCAGCCAUAGAUCACUUGGCUAGAUGGAGCAGUGAACUUAGCUCUGUAUAAGGCAGCUCUUGAGUGCGAAAGAUGGCUAUCCGUAUUACUAUGCCACAGUAGCACCACAGGAUGCCGUUGCACUAGAACAGAUGUUAAUAGUCGAGGUGUGAUACUUCAGCUACCUUUUCCCCUUUGAAAUGCCACCGUAACGUGCCUCCUUUGACCAGUGUUGACAAGUGUGCUUCUCAUGUUACCUUCAACUAACUCUUUGGGGUGAAUUUUCUCUUUUUAUUUCAAACAGCGUACAGCAUCACAGGUAACAUAAAAGCCCUCUUUACCAGGGGUAGUGACCAGACUCAUAACUGGGACUUUCUGUUUCCUUGGCCUAAGCUUAUAGGCCAAAUUCCAAGGAAUAGAACAUGCUUGUAGGUACAACUCAGCAAACUUAUCUGAGGCACACAAAAUGCUGCAGAUCCCUCAUUCUCAAAAUACAGGCCAACCCUUACUAUGAGUUCUUCCCAGCCACCCCAGCACCAGCCUUUUAAAAAAAAUAGCACACCUCUCAGUGACAACCAGUCCAUCGCGCAAUUCAGAUUAUUAAUAGCAGCUCCAUAUUUUUGAUAAGCUAGAUUCGCAGGGACUUACCACAUACAAAUGUGGUACCAUGCCUCUUUGAGUCCUGGAAACUGGCUUUCAUUUCAAUUGCUGUUUGAGCUGCCUCCGUAUUUUUCCUCAUCUUAGGGAGGCAAUGAUGAGACUGUCAGCUUUAGAUAUUUCAAGAUAUUCAUGUAUUAUUAGGUAUUGCUCCUUGGAAGAAUAUUAUGCAUUACAGAGUAGAGUAACAUGUCAUAAAUUUCCCCAGCGCACCCCCAACAAAGAAUGUGGAAGUGUCUGGAAGUGUGUUAUACUGUAAGACUGGGACCCCAGUCCACCUGAAAUUAGCCAUUACUUGGGUCCCAUUGAAAGCAAUGGAAUUUAAUGGCUUUUAUGGGAUACCCACCAUGAUCCUAUGUAUGUUUACUCACAAGCAAGUCUUUAGGGAUUUCAGUGGGGCUUUCUUCAAGGUAAAUGUGUGUAGCCUUACUAAUCAUGACUCACUUUAGUGGGAUUUAAGUCUGAGUUGGGAAGUUCAUUGCAGAUUAUUUAAAUCAAGUGCACUUUGAGAAACAUAGUAGAUCUUAUAGCUGUAUAAUGAUAACCUUAUUUUUUUAUUGUGAUUUUUUUUUUUGCUUUGAUUUGCUUGUUAAUCAAACCUGAUAUUUGGUUAAGGCUGUCAGGAAAACAGAGGAAGGUAUUGCUCCGAUGAAUGCUUCUCAUCAUUUCAAGUUUGACUGAUUGUAAUUUACCAGUGUGUAUCUUGCACUCGUUAUUUUAGGGAAACCAUUUAAUAACUGAAGUGUUCUGUAAUCCCAAGUACUGUAUCCCAACUCACUAAUUCAGAGACCAAGAUCGAAAACUGAAUGGUGGCAAAAGCACAAAAUAAAUCAUCCAGAAAAAGGACAGAAAAAGGCCUGAACUUCUGGGAAUGUUUGUUUUGCAUCACUCCCACGCGGUGUUCUCAGUAUUCUCACCACAUAAACUGAGGAGUCGAGCCCAUUUGGUCUGUUCUUUGUCCUAUGUAAAUUUAGUGUUCUGGGAGUGAAAAGAAAAAAUCAAUUAAAAGCAUUUUAAGGCAUAUUA